AUGAUGCCUGGUGAGGAAAUGACAUAUCUAAGCUUUGAUAGUAUAUGUGAAUCUGAAGAUACCAAUGAAAUGGAGGAAGCUUUGUUCUCAACAGAUGUCAUAAACAACUUAAGAUUAGCCGGUUUACCAAAUCAUAAGUUGGUACUCAAAGUUGGAGCUCCAGUUAUGUUACUACGAAACCUUGAUCAACAAAAUGGUUUGUGUAAUGGGACACGUUUACAAGUGAUGAGGUUGGGAAAACAUGUCAUUGAAGCCAAAGUAAUCACAGGGACAAACAUAGGUACUCAUACUUUAAUUUCAAGACUAAAAAUGACACCCUCUGAUAAAAGGAUCCCAAUUAAGAUUUGUCAUAAGCAAUUUCCUAUAUCAGUAUGCUUUGCUAUGACUAUAAACAAGAGUCAAGGACAAUCACUAGAUCGUGUCGGUUUGUAUCUUCCACGUCCAGUGUUUAGUCAUGGCCAAUUGUAUGUAGCUGUCUCUCGAGUAAAAAGCAAAAAAGGGUCGAAGAUUCUAAUACAAGAUGAACAUAUGAAAGUCCAUAACAAAAUGAUGAAUGUCGUCUACAAAGAAGUUCUUCAAUGCAUGUGA